AAAAAAUAUUGGAUAUUGGAUUGACCAAAGGCCAACUUUCAUUUCAUUGUGGAUACAUAAUUUGAGUUCGUUGUGACAUUUUGAAAAAUUCCGAUAUGUUAGCAUUCGGUGGGCAGACGGAGAAUUCUACCCACAUACGUGACAUUCUGAAAACUGAAACUCCCCAACUGAACAAAACAAAGCGCAAACUAGGAUUGAGAGAUCUGAAUAUUCAGCAUCAUGUUCCUGUGCAAGCAGAAAUAAAGCAACCAUCUAAAGUGCUGCUGAAUGAAAAUGUAUAUGAAGAAGCACGCGAGAAUUUCUAUACAUACGAAGACAAAGAUGACUAUGGUGAUUUACACACGCGGCUUGCUAGCAUCAGCUCACUGGUUGAUGGAGUGAUUUCUCUUUCUUGUAUGAAUCGAUCCACAGGUUUCAUGGAAUUUCCAACAAUUGACGAUCGUGAUGAAGUUGAUCCGUCGGAUUUUGAAAUACCAGAUUCUGAAUUUAAUACAAUAUUCGGUUGUCUUGGCUAGAAAAUUACUAAGUUUUUCGGUUUCAUUCUUUUUCGGAAAUACGUAAAACAUAGACACCUUACCAUUGGUUGUCACUUUUAGUUUAGUUUGUGUCCACCCAGCUUAUUCAUUUGUACUGUUUACGCCUGUCUACCCGUUUUGAACAUAAUUUUAAAUAAAUUGUCCUUGCUUAUCU